AUGUCGUGUCUGUCGCCAGAUGCCACGACUACAAUAACCUCACGACCAAAACUCACCCUUCAAACCACCGCGCUCCCUCGCACAUUCGGUACUUCCAACACCGGCCUAUCGUUUUCCUUUGCAGCGGCACCAACUGCAUCUCCCACCAUUCGAAAUACCUUCAAGAAUGCCUACGAAGUCACAUCUCCAUCUUCCGCAACAUCCCCUUCCAAAUCUACGCGCUACAACAAGCCAUCCUCCCCCUAUAUCCUACACCCGAACAAUAAUAUCUUCAAUUACCGGAGCCCCUACCAACUACCCAUCGGAGUGCGCAGCAUUCUACGCAACUCCCCACUAGAAUCUUCAACCCGUCGACAAUCAGGCUCCAUAUCAGCGGGCGGCAAUGGAUCCAACGGCCCAGGCUCGCGUCGCGUUUUCUUCCCAGCAAAGAAACAAGUCAGCUACCGAUACCCACUGGAGGAAGAGAUCCGGACAGAGCGCUAUACCGCGCAGCAUCUCGAUCUCGUGACGGAGGAGGCAGUGCAGACCGAGGCAGACACCAAGACCCCACCUGAGACACGCCCCGCCACCUCUAAGCCCGAAGGCGAAAAAGAGGAGUCUGAUUCCAGCCCAUCGUUAUCAGGAAGUGCCUCAGGCGAUGACACUAGCGCUGACGAAACCGUGCGCGGCUCCUCGCUCUCCAAGACCGAGCGCAAGAAGCGCCGCACAAUGCGCGUAGAGCGCCAGGUUCGGGCAGUGGCACUGUUAGACGGCUUUGAGGCUGAUGGAUCGUCUACACCACAGACUCCACGACAGGGUCGGGCCAAGCGUCGAAGGGAAUGGAAAUGGACCCUUGGGCCUGUCGAUAGGGCCUCGAACAAUGGGCCCGAGAAUGUCUCAUUAUUGCAAUCGGCACAGGUUACCUUUGGGUCGGAUUCUCUUCGGGUAUCCACCGACUUUGCAUCCGGUCAUUAA